CCGCCUCCCAUUUCUCCUUCUCAAAUCAAUUCCAUACAAACGCAUAACUUUAGCUAUCGAUCUCUUUCCAUCAACAUCAAACAUAUAUAUGGCGGUGUCACCCAUUCCCGACAAACGCCGCGCCUCCGGCACCGGCUCGUCCAAGCGGCCGCUCACGCUUGCCAUCCUCAUGUCCGUAUCUUCCCUCAUGGCUCUCUGCGCCAAACAAGCCGGCAAAUUCACAACCAAGCUCACCAGAACCGCCACCACCAAGAUUCCCAGCCGCCGCCGCCGGCCUCCGCACGGCCUCUACUCCUCCUCCUCCGACGUCAACGACGGGGUCCACCCGCCGAGAUCGCCGCUGGUGCGUCACUCCAAGCAGCUGCUGACGCAAAUCAGCAAUAGGGCCAUCACGCUGGUCCACGGAAACAAGAACAAUAAGGAUCGGAGAGGCGACAUCAUCGCGCCGGACGAGUUCGGGGAUGGCGGGGUGUGGCAGCGGUCGAUCUUGAUGGGGGACAAGUGCCAGCCGUUGGAUUUCUCCGGCGUGAUUUACUACGACAGCUGCGGGAAGCAAGUCAACGAGGUUGCCAUCCGCUCGCCGCGGGCCAGCCCGCUGCCCGGCUACCUGACCCGCGGGCAGUAAGAAAAUUUCCGGUCAAGGACAAGGAGGUGACGUAUAAUAUAGAUUAUAGAUUAGUGGGUGUUUAAUUAGCUUCGGAGGAAAUAGAAGUUUGUUCUUUUCCCUUUAAUUAAUAGAGGGAUAUAGAGGUUUGUUUCUGGACCAGGUCAAGUUGUUUAGAACGAUUUCGCUCCGUUAAUCUUUUGGUUCUACUUUUUUUUUUUUUUUCCCCUCGUGAAAGCGUUCUGUAAAUCUUUACGGAGACGUUUUACUUGAUAUAUAUUGUGGAAAGCAACUCAAUUAUUGGCGAACUCCAAGUCUGUAACUGUUUUUACUUUUGGUCAACGUCUCAACGAGAGCGUAUUUUUGCAAUUUUGAAAUUAAUCCCAUUAAUCUUUUUGUCCGUUAUAUAAAGUAAUCUAUUCAGC